ACCGGUUGAAUUACUUCCUAAACAACGGUGGCUACCAACCACCUGACCUAACCCCUGUCUGUUAAAUCUGUCAAUUGUCUCAUUCAACAACUUCCAUGAACAAAUUUAUCUCUGUAAAUCAGUGUCACUACCUACCAAUUUCCUCAGAGUGGGUGAGGUCUUUAUAAGCUAAAACCCAGUUAGUUAGUUAGAGUUUGUGCCUGUUUCCUCCACUAAUUACAUCUUUCAUAGAUCAUUUCUGCAAGAUAAGUUGGUUGAGCUAACACAUAUCCCAAUGGCUCAAGAAAUUGUAUACCCAGAAGAAGAGGUUGUUCUCACUAAGGAAAUUGAUCAUGUGAGGUCCAUUGUCUUGAAUCGACCUAAUCAAUUGAAUGUCAUUUCAUCAAAAGUGGUUUCUACUCUAGCUGAAUGUUUGGAAAAAUGGGAGAGAGACAGCAGUGUGGAGCUUGUGAUAAUCAAGGGAGUUGGUCGUGCCUUUUCUGCUGGAGGUGACUUAAAGAUGUUUUACAAUGGCAGAAAUUUAAAGGAUUCCUGCCUUGAGGUGGUGUAUAGAAUGUAUUGGCUGUGCUAUCAUAUCCAUUCAUUUAAGAAGACCCAGGUUGCACUUGUUCAUGGAAUUGCAAUGGGUGGAGGAGCAUCUUUGAUGGUUCCAAUGAAGUUUUCAGUUGUGACUGAAAAGACUGUAUUUUCUACGCCUGAAGCGAGUAUUGGGUUUCACACGGAUUGUGGAUUCUCAUACAUGCUCUCUCAUCUCCCUGGCCAUAUCGGGGAAUAUCUGGGUCUAACUGGAGCUAGACUGAAUGGAAAGGAAUUGGUUUCAGUUGGACUGGCAACUUAUUUUGUCCCUUCCGAGAAAUUGUCAGAGCUGGAAAAAUGCUUGGUAAGCUUAAAUUCUGGUGAUGAGUCUGCUGUCAAAUCUACUAUUGUGAAGUUCUCAGAAAAUGUUCAGAUUGAUGAAGCAAGUAUUUUAAACAAGCUGUCAAUAAUUAAUGAGUGUUUCUGUAAGGACACAGUGGAAGAUAUUAUAAAAUCUUGUGAAACUGAAGCUAGCAAAGAAGGAAGUGAAUGGAUUGGUUCAGUUGUCAAGGGCUUAAAGAGAGCAUCACCUACAGGAUUGAAGAUAACUCUAAGAUCAAUUCGCGAAGGAAGGAAGCAGAAACUGUCUGAUUGUCUGAAGAAGGAGUUCAGGCUGACAAUGAACAUUCUAAGAACCACAAUAUCUGGUGAUGUCUACGAGGGUAUUCGAGCUCUUACAAUUGACAAGGAUAAUUCUCCAAAGUGGGAUCCUCCUAGCCUUGCUAAAGUGGAUGAGGAGAAAAUAGAUGCUGUCUUUCAGCCAUUUGAGAAGGAGCAGGAGCUUCAUGUUCCUGACAAUGAGGAGCACAGGUGGGAAGGAAAGUACGAGAAUUCAGUCUAUGCAGAAAAAAAAGCAACCAAUUGACAGAAGUAUUUGUCAAUUUACCUAUUUUGUUCUAUGUUCUGCAAAUUCCUCUGUGGACAAUUCUCUCAAUCUAUUAUGGUCCUUUGUUCUUAGCUAAACAGAAACUUAUGGUGUUGUACUAAAAUUUAAAUCUAUCUCUUUGUUUCUGACACUAGUAAUGUUGGGUAAUGAGUUGGGGAAAGAAAUAACACAAAGGAUGAAACUGA